AAUCAACAAGUUCUAGAAAACAAAGUAUGGACCUCAAACAACGAAAGAAUAACCCCAACCAUUAUUGAUGGUGUAACAAUAUCUGCAUCUCCUGUAACCAAUUCUUUAACCCCCUGGAUCUCUUUGGACUCUACUGGUAUUCCCUACAAAAUAACACCCACAACUGAUGAUGAUGGUGAAACCGUUAGUGCCUCACCCACCCCAACUGAAUCAGACUACCCUGAUCCAACUGGUGUGCCUCCGGUUUUAAGAUGUUUUGGUGAUAGAGUCGCUAGUGAAUUCGACUCAACACCUGGAUAUCCCUUUUGUACUGCAAGAAAUGGCACUGAGCUAUUAGUUGGCGAAACCUAUUGGAUCACCUGGGAUCCUACUUACUGGGGCUCCACUGAAAUCACAAAAGUUAGACUUUCAAUCAAUAUCAUAAGCCGUGGUAAUAACGAUGAAGAAGUCUUCAUGAGUGACUAUAUUAAUAACAACAAUGGCUAUUAUCCUUUAGCAGUUGAAAGUAGCUUUGAAGGUUAUGGCUUCCUUUUAUUAACUCCCUUAACAACUUCUACCACUGAAGCUGAACAUGUUGGUACUGUCAGUGGCCCUGUUGUCAGAUUCAUAACAAGCAAAUCUCAAGCUGCAACCACCAUUUCAAGACUUCCUUCUGAUAAUGGUUUAGAAAACAGCUCUAGUUCAGGAAACAAAAAUUUAGCUAAGAUCAUUGCUCCCUCCGUUAUCAUUCCAUUUAUCAUUAUUGUUGGCGGUUUCGUUGUAUUCUAUAUCUGG